UUCCACACAGCGCACUCAUGAGGACAUGCAGGGCGUUUUUCUGUGUCUGGUGGAUGCAGUUUUUCACUGACGUUUUAAACAGGAAAACACAUUUGGAACUUAAGAACUACAAAUCCCAGCUUUGGAGGAAUCAUAGCAGGAAGCAGGUGACGAGAGGUAAACAAUGAAGGAUUGUUGUUUUUGAAUAAGAAUAUUAAACCUUUUUACGCUGUGCGGAUCUCUGAUAUAAACAUAUUUUACACAUACUACAUUGCUAGUCUCUGUGUGGUCAGUUAUAUUUUGUUACUAUUUCAAAAUAAUUAACAUUUCUGCUGUUGAUUAAAUGAGAAUUUGCUGCCUGGCCUGGUUUAGAUAAUAAUUGAAACUGGUCUCCAAAAUGGAUGACAACAAGAUGGUGGGAGGCAAAGUGAAGAAGCCAGGAAAGCGAGGUCGUAAACCAGCCAAAAUCGACCUGAAGGCGAAAUUAGAGAGGAGUCGUCAGAGUGCACGGGAAUGCAGGGCAAGGAAGAAGCUACGCUACCAGUACCUGGAGGAACUGGUCUCCAGCAGAGAGAGAGCUAUCUGCGCACUUCGAGAAGAGUUGGAAAUGUACAAGCAGUGGUGCGCUGCAAUGGAUCAGGGUAAGAUCCCAUCAGAAAUCAAGGCAUUGCUGACAGGGGACGAGCAUAACAAAACACCACAAAGCACAAGCAAGCCACCCAAAAAUGGAAAGAAUAAUGGAAACAGCAAUGGUCUAUAAGGAAGAUGUUUUUCAUCAAAGGAAUUGUGAAGAAAGUUUCUUGCAUAAACAGUAUGUGGGUAAAAAAAAAAAAAAAGACAAAAUUCUUCCAUAUUUUAUAUUAGAUAAUAUAUGUAUAUGGGAUAAUGCAAUAUCUACUAUCUUUAGUAGAUUGCAUGGUAAUGAGUUUAAUGCUGCUGAAAUGUGAAAUGUUGUCAUUUAUUGUGACCUGCUAUAAUGAAUGUGAUUUAAAAGGAGUAUUUGUUACUGUUUUAAGAGCCUGUUUUUGGUCUUUCCUAGGUACCAUUUUCACAUCUCCCUCCAGCUGUCAAAAUACUGACACCCCGCUAUUACUAGCUGGAAUUUCUUUCAUUUUCACUAAAUACAAUAACAAGGUGGAACAAGGCCUACAGUAGAGCAGUUUAUAUGGGUGGAGCUGUUAAUAUCAGCUGCUCUUUAGAUCAUUAAAAUAGACCUGUGCAGUGAGUAUAAAGCUACUCUUCCAAAUGUACCAGAUUGCUUACAGGUCCAUUAUGAACCAGAUCAGGUUUGCUUUUCCCCAUGUACCUGUGAAGUUUUACUGUCGAGAUCAUUUGACCAGCUUUUGACCAAUUCCACAACUACAAGAUUACUUAUAAGUGGUAAACAGCUCAAGUUUCAUGUUAUUGAAUAAAAUAUAUCUCCACAUUGCUCUAUUAGCUCAAACAGUGGCAAUUUUAAAUAUUUCUUUAACAGGGGGAUAGGUGGUGCUGUGCCUUUGAGAAUAUAAGUAAGGUAACACUUACAGUGAUAUUAUAUUGUUCAAAAGUUUGAAGCAUUCCAAAACAAUGUUAUUGUCUUGUGUGGUCUGUUUGGGGCUGUAAACCCACAAAUGAAUGUAUAUUUAUGUAGGGGGUGGGAUUUGACCACAAUUUCUGGUACCUAUUGUUACAAAAGUUUCCUGCAAACUGAUAUAUCUGAAUGCAUUGACAUCACCAAUAACUGAUCAGUAGCACCCUGGGGCCAUAUUACAAAAGCAUCCUAAGUGACAUUCUUAUCUUAUCUUCAGAGAUAGAAUGUCCUCACUACAAGUUUAGGAGAGUUGAUAUUACAGAAAAUGCUCUCCUAACUUAUUUUCCUAUCUUAAUCUAAGAUAGGAAAUAGCAUAUUACAGAACGUUCCUAACUUGGUCAUUACCUAAGUUUCUUUCCUAACAUUUAGGACUCUGGGGAACCUUUCUUAUCUGUUGGUUAGAAAAAGAACAUUUUUAGUUUGCAAGAUCUGAACAAACCGUACACAGCAUGGAGUUUGAAUUUGACACACUUACAAGUUACUGUCGGUGAUUAUGAUUAUUGAUAUUUCAAACUUUACUGAGUAAUAAGAUAUGAAGCAUUCUGUGUUGAUUCUGCUGUGUUAUUGUAUUAUACAGUGAGAUGCACCAUUGAACUAUAACCAGCAGCUCAUAUAUGUAAUGUAACUCGAAAAAUACAAGUUUGGACUCUUUAAUGCACAAAAUUAUAUUACUGUACACAGUUUCUUUCACACCAGACACACAAACAUAUCACAAUACUCUUAUUAUUUUUAGCUUUACUUUAGCCUGUGAGAUAGUAUUGUGUGUUGGCAUUCCUAAUUAAAAUAUAAUUUUGUUCAUGACUGAAAUUGAAUAAGUAUGGCUUCAUUUUUAUUAUUAUUUUUUUUAAAUAGCGGUAUUUAUGUAUUGUUGUUAACUAGAUUUUAUUGUAGAUUUUUCUGCGAUCAAAUCCUUAUUCUUUUCCUGAGUAAAAUUUUGAGCCCUGUAUUUCUUUGCCACAACUGAAUCGAGUUUAGAUGCCGUCAUUUAAAAGCACGUCUAGUCUGGUGACAGUUACCUGAAACUCGAGCUGUAACCUGCUCUAUUCAGACUCGAUCAGUCGUUUAUGGAUAAGAUUGUGACUAGACAGGAUUUCCUAACUAAUGUUAGGAUGGGGGAGACACUUUGGAAAUUGUAGACAAUGCUGACUUAGGAAAUGCUUCUGUAAUACCAAGUUAGGAAAAAUCCUAUCUUAGCCAUGAAAGAUAAGAUAGGAAAGCAAGUUAGGAAAUUGUUCUGUAAUACGGCCCCAGGUACUGAUAUGAUACCAGUGUGAUACCAUUGGUAUGCCAAAAUAUGAAAAUGUUAGCAAUGUCUUUGUUCUACCAUUGAAUGAUAGCACAGGAAGAAAGUGUUUUGAAAGUAUGAUCGUAACUAUUGUAUUGUCAGACAAUGGCCAUUCAAGAGAAUUUGAUAAGUCAUGACUAAGACAGCCAUGUUGUUUUGGAAUUCUAAAACCAUCUUUUUUAACAGGCAGGAUAGCAGGCUUAGGAUUCUCUGUAUUUGCAGGUAUUUUAACCCAACCUUGCUAUUCGAUCCCAUUCAUGCAUUUGUAUUAUGGCUUUAGAGUACUUUGAUUUUGAUGUCAGUGUGUGUAUCAUUUUUUGGUUUUGUGUUUUAUGGUAAAAUAUUAAUGCACUUUUCAGCGUUUCAAGUACUGUAUUUAUGUUAACAUAAAUGUAUUUUUAUAUUGAUUGUACUUUAUAUCAAAGAGAGGACUGUUGUUUUAUGCUGUGUAGUCUUUCCUGAUGCCUUGAUCCUUUACAGUAGAGCUGUGGUCUGCGUCUGAGUAAAAGAAGACCCCUUCUGUGUAGAGGCAAGCUUCAUUGCUUCCUCUUGAAGGUUGUGUAUAAAGGGAAUGGUGCUUGUUCCAUUGCUUUUCAAUCUUACAGUUUUGUUAUAAGACCAACUGAUCCAGUAUUUUUGGGAGAUUAACUUUACAUACCAUUUGCACAUGAGUAUACAAUUACUUAAAAUAAUCCUGGGUAUUUGAUCAGAUUACUGCAUUGGGUGCCCCAAAAGUCCUGAAAUUGAACCACUGCAAAACUGAUUUAUCUGCAUAAAAAGAGUGGUGCAUAUGUUAUUUGAAGCGAUGUGCCCAGUUCACAGAACAUCACAAAUCUAUUUAACCGCUGUUUCAACUUGUUUUGAUAAACUUAAUAAAGUUUAGUAUACAUUUGGAGCUUACAGUAGUUUUUCUAAAAACUCUUUAACCAUAAUAUGUAAAUAAAGCAGUGAAGUGGGGGGGUAGUGUUGGUUUUAAGUUUUCCCCCAGAAAGGUGACACAGUAGAUAAUUCACUUCCUUUUCACACCUUUAACCUCAGCAAGUCUGUGUAGAAAUUGUCUCACUUCACAAGUGAAAUGAUUGAUGGUCUCAGGUUUGUCCCCACUUGAGAAACUGAAGAGCUGAGAUGAGGUUCCAGAAUUGUGAGGGAAAUCUCUCAUGAUAUCUGACUGUAGCCAAGGCCAUUGUCCCUUGCAUUUCCUGAGCACUAAAUUCAAUAAUAAAUAAAAAGCAUAUGUUUGUGAAUAGAUAAUCAAACCAUAGUAUGUAUUAAUUUAAAAAUUGGUUUUGUUCUACACAGACUAGCCUGGGUAGUCAAGAAGUCUUCAUGCCAGUCUCGUCAAAAGAACAAAUCACCUUCUUUUGGAUUACUUUUUUUUUUUUUAAUAAGUCAAUAUUAAUAAGUUGUCCCUUGCAUUAUAUUUUUUCAAUGGAAUGUAAAUGUAUUUAAGAGUAUAUUGUAAGUGGCAAAUGUUAUAUUUUUACAAGCAUUUAAAAAUGUUAUGAAAAUGUAUAUUUUUUGCUGUUAGAGGAAAGAGAAACUGUAGAAUUAUAUAUUACAGUUCAUAGCAUUAAACUUUGUUUGAAAUUAA